AUGGACGAUGAUUUGUUUCAGCUUAGACAGCUCCCCGUGGUCAAGUUUCGCCGUACGGGUGAAAGCACUCGGUCGGAAGAUGAAAACGUGGCCAGGGAUCCCGGUAUCCAGAUCGACGCGGGCCAGACCGACAUGGAGUCUGUUGCUUUGGCGGACGGUGCCCCUGUACCCAGAGAGUUUGCCAACCCCACAGACGACACUUUCAUGGUUGAGGAUGCGGUGGAAGCCAUCGGCUUUGGAACAUUCCAGUUCAAACUCUCCAUCCUCACUGGCCUAUCCUGGAUGGCUGACGCGAUGGAGAUGAUGAUCCUCAGUAUUUUAGCUCCACAGCUCCAUUGUGAGUGGAGACUGCCGAGCUGGGAGGUUGCUCUGCUCACUUCGGUGGUGUUCAUAGGAAUGAUGAUUAGCUCUUCACUGUGGGGGAACAUCUCUGACAAGUACGGCAGAAAAACAGGUCUGAAGAUGAGCGUGUUGUGGACCAUGUUCUAUGGACUCCUCAGUGCGUUCGCUCCCAUUUACGGUUGGAUCCUGUUCCUGCGGGCGCUGGUGGGCUUCGGGAUCGGAGGAGCUCCUCAAUCAGUGACCCUGUAUGCUGAGUUUCUUCCAAUGAGGUCAAGAGCAACAUGUAUCCUGCUCAUAGAGAUAUUCUGGGCACUGGGCACGGUGUUUGAGGUGCUUCUUGCCAUCCUGGUGAUGCCAACCUUGGGCUGGCGCUGGCUGCUUGCCCUUUCUACGAUACCCCUCUUUGUCUUCGCCAUCCUCUGCUUCUGGCUGCCAGAAAGUGCCCGGUACGAUGUAUUGACGGGGAACCAGGAGAAAGCUCUGGCCACACUAAAACGCAUCGCCACGGACAACAACGUCCCCAUGCCCCUGGGAAAGCUCAUCGCCGCCCGACAGGAGGACCGGGGGAAGAUUCAAGACUUGUUUUCGCCGCAUUUUCGCUGGACCACCGUCCUCCUGUGGUUUAUCUGGUUCUCAAACGCGUUUUCUUACUAUGGUCUGGUUUUGCUGACCACUGAGCUAUUCCAAGAGGGCGGGGCAUGUGGUCAGGCCACAGGCAGUAAAACAGAGCCAAGGUGCAGUUUGGAAUGCAAGUACCUGAAUUCAGACGACUAUAAAGACCUGCUGUGGACCACCCUGUCUGAAUUUCCAGGCCUGCUGGUGACCUUGUGGGCUAUUGAUCGGCUAGGCCGGAGGAAGACUAUGGCACUGUGUUUCUUCAUCUUCUCCCUGUGUAUGGUGCCACUCUAUGCAUGCGUGGGAAGGACCUCCCUGACGGUGUUGAUAUUCAUAGCGAGAGCUUUCAUCGCUGGAGGUUUCCAGGCAGCGUAUGUUUACACCCCUGAGGUGUAUCCCACGGCAACACGGGCCCUGGGUUUGGGAACCAGUAGCGGGAUGGCCAGAGUUGGUGCUCUCAUCACUCCAUUUGUGGCACAGGUGAUGCUGGAAUCCUCUGUGUACCUGACACUGUCCGUGUACUGCUGCUGCUGCCUGCUGGCCGCCGUGGCCUCCUGCGCACUGCCCAUCGAGACCACGGGGAGGGGCCUGCAGGAGUCCAGUCACAGAGAGUGGGGGCAGGAGAUGAUGGGCCGCGCCUCCACGCACAGCCCCGAGGCCAUCCCCCGCUCCAGCUCCGGAUCCCAGGACUGA